AUGGUCGCCUGGGACAUUGUUAGCCCUCGCACCCUUAUCAGUGGCAAAAAUCCAGAUGGCGUCUUUGAUGACCGAGUUCAUAUGGCGGAACUGGUUGCCUUGCUAGGCCCUCCGCCACCUGAAUUCCGGGAACAGAGACACCUCAGUUCGGUCUACUGGGAUGAGUCAGGCAAUUGGAAGGAAGUAGUCCCAAUUCCAGACAUCAUUUUUGAGAGGCUUGCUGAGAAGGUUGAAGGGAAAGACAGAGAAGGGUUCUGGUUCUUGUGGUGGCUUCGGAUGGCCUUGCAGUGA